GGACCCCUCCCGAGCCGUGCGCUGGGGUUGGUGCUUGGAGGCUCCGUCUCUGCCCCUGAGGGUCCCGGGACGACGGGCGGGCGAGCUCCUCCCCCGCGGGACCCGCUCGACGGCGGCGCCGCCCUAUCCGCCCGUUCUUCCUUCCUCCUGCUGCCGGGUUGGGCCCGGGGUUAGUCCCCGGUUUAGGCCCACAGGCCCCGCGCUCCCGCCUGCCCCGGACCCCACACGCAGUGGCUCCGGCUCCGUCCUCGUUCAGCGGGCCGGCAGUGCGCGGGGGAACCGGGGGCCGGGGCCACUGACUCCCGUCCGCUCGCCGCGGCAGGGCGCGUGUCGGAGGGACCCGCUCGGGCCUGCAGGAUGUCCCAGCCGCCCUCCAUCACCCUCCACGUCCUCGAGGGCACCGAGAGCGAUGGCCAGGAGCCAAGCCCGGACAACGAGAGAGCCCUGCACACCUCCUUCCACCAGCUUAUCCUGGAGCAGAGCAGCUUGAUCGAGGCAGGUCUGGAGCUCGAGAUGGAGGAGAGGGACAGAGAGUCCCCGGCCUGCCUGGCUCCCCCAGACGCCUGUGCUGCAGCCUGGGCAGAGCCAGGGCAGUGCCCUGGCUACUCCUCCACCUCCCUGCAGAUCCUGGCCAGCAUGCCCAGCCGCACCAUCGGACGCAGCCUCGGGGCCAUCAUCUCCCAGUACUGCAACCGUACGGCCCGGCUGCGGCGCCGGAGCAGCCGCCCACCCCUGCAGCAGCUGUGCCGUGCGGCGCGGCCCAGCCUGCGGCAGUACGACCUGGAGACCGACCCCGCCAGCACCACGCUGGAAGACAAGCGGAGCCUGCUGGUGAAGGAGCUGCUGAGCCUCUCGCCCUACCAGCGCAGCCAGAUGCUGCUCACUUUGCCCAUCAGCCUGGCAGAGAAACGCACCCUCCGGCGGCAGGUCAACAGGCAGAGGGGCAUCCUGAGGCAGCGUGCCCAGCACUGGGCCCCCUCCUCGCCCUGUGGGUGGUCCACUGUCUACAUCAGCCUCGUUCUCUCUCCCCAGAGCUGCCGAGGUCUCUGGUACAGGCUCCUCUCCCUGCUCCGCACCGCACAGCCUUGGCACUACACCUUGAAGCAAAUCAGUGGCCGCUUUGGUUCCAGUGUCCUCUCCUACUUCCUUUUUCUCAAGACACUCCUUAUGUUCAACUUCUUCUCAUUUCUCAUCCUCCUGGCCUUCGUGGUGGCCCUGCAGGCUGUAUAUCCCCCUACCUCGGCCAGCCCCCCACCCUUCACCGGCCUCGAGCUCCUCACAGGAGCGGGUUACUUCACACACUCACUGCUGUACUAUGGCUACUACAGCAACAUCACCCUCAAUGAGCCCUGCAGCCCUGGCCUCAAGGGCAGCACGUGCCCCCUCACAGCCCCCUCGUUCCCGUACAACAUGCCACUGGCCUACCUGUUCAGCGUUGGGGCCUCCUUCCUUGUCACCUGCAUCCUGCUGAUGUACUGCGUGUUCUGCUCUUUUCGGGAGAGUGUGGGAAGCUCCGUGGGGGACCUGGCCAUUAAAGUCUUCUGUGCCUGGGACUUCAAGGUGAUCCAGAGGCGCUCAGUGAAACUACGGUGUGAGAACUUCUGCACCCAGCUGAAGGAGCUGCUGGCAGAGCAGCGCUCCCGCUCCCACUCCCAGAGCCUCUACCAGCGCCUGAGGCACUGCAUCGUGGUGCUGCUGGCCUGGACCCUGACACUGGGCUCAGUGCUGGGCUGCACACUGGCUGUGCACCACUUCUCUAAGUACAUGCAUGUGGUUCAGCAGGAGCAGCGAGUGCGGGGCAGUGGCAGGUGGCAGCAGGAAGCCAUCCUGCUGGUCCUGCCCUUUGUGGUGUCCCUCCUCAAUGCGCUGAUGCCCCACCUGUACAACUUGCUGGCAGUGUGGGAGAAGCAUGACUCCCCUGUGACACAGGUCUACGUGGCAAUCUUCAGGAACCUCAUUCUGAAGAUGGUGGUCCUCAGCCUGCUGUGUUUCCAGUGGCUCAGCCGGAGCAUUGUCUGCUCAACAGAGGAGUGCUGGGAGACAUGUGUGGGGCAGGACCUUUAUCGCUUUGUGGUGAUGGAUUUCAUAUUCACCUUGCUGGACACACUCUUUGGGGAGCUGUUGUGGAGGCUGAUCCUGGAGAAGAGGCUGAGGCAGAGGCCCGAGUUUGACAUUGCCCGAAAUGUGCUGGAGCUGAUCUACGGGCAGACCCUGACCUGGCUGGGCAUUCUCUUCGUUCCACUCCUGCCGGCCGUGCAGAUGCUGAAGCUGCUGCUGCUGUUCUACAUCAAAAAGACCAGCCUGAUGCGAAACUGCCAGUCCCCCAGCAAGCCCUGGCAAGCAUCGCACAUGAGCACCAUUUUCAUCACCCUGCUGUGCUUCCCCUUCUUCCUGGGUGCAACCAUCUUCCUCUCCUACACCAUCUGGUCGGUACAGCCAUCAGAAACGUGCGGACCCUUCCGGGGGCUGGAAACCGUCUACAAAUCAGGGAAGAGCUGGGUGCUAGUGCUGCAGAAGUCCAACCCCAGCAUCACGUUGUUCACCUGGGUCCACCAGCACCUGGUGGAGAACACCUUCCUCCUAUUCUUCACGUCUGUGGCCCUGCUGAGCCCGGAGUUCCUCAGCCUGCCUGCCACCAUCCUGUCCUGUUGUUGCAGAGCUGUGAUCUACUUCUACAUCCAAGUGGUGAGAGGCCAGCAGAGGGUCAUCUGCCUGCUCAGGGAGCAGAUCGCCAAGGAAGGGGAAGAUAAGGUAUUUCUCAUACAGAAGCUUCACUCCGUUUAUGAGCAGCGAGAGAGACGUGCCUGAGACCCAGGUCAGGUUGAAGGAUUUGGGCCUGUUCAGCCUCAAGAAGAGAUGUCUGAGAGGGGACCUCGUCAGUGUCUGUCAGUAUCUGCAGGGAGGUGCCAGAGGAUGGACCAGACUCUGCUCAAGGAUGCCAAGCAAUAGGACAAGAGGCAACAGGCAGAAACGGAUGUGCAGGAAAUUCCACUUGAAUAUAAUCCUGAUGGGCCCCUUCCAACUCAGCAUAUUCUAUGAUAUUCUGUGAGAAAGAACUUCUUUCCUCUGCAGUGACCACACACCAGAACAGGCUACCUAGAGAGAUUGUGGAGUCUCCCUCACUGGAGAUAUUCCAGAACUAUCUGGAUGCAAUCCUGUGCCAUGUGCUGUGGGAUGAUGCUGCUUGAGCAUGGAGGUUGAACCAGACAACCCUCUGUGGUCCCUUCUAACUUGACCCAUUCUGAGAUUCUCUGAGCUCAAGUGAGUGCUGGGGGGCAGCCACAGGCUCGAACUUGCUACAAUUUGUGAGACAUCUCUGGCUGAGGCAUCCCUGUCACUGGGCCUACCCCAGCUCCUGACACCCACCCAGGUUCCCCAGUUAUUCCACACCUUUCCCCAGGUCACCCC